AUGGACACCAGAACCGAAGUCUCGGAUGUUACUGAGGCAUCGUCGAGGCCGCGAAUAGCGCAGCUUCCUGCGAGCUGUGAUCCUCCACAGCCCAACACCCCAGUGAAGCAGUUAGUCUGGGUGAUCUUUGGAGGUACGGGUCAGAUGGGGCACUCCCUUGUCAAAUGUGCACUUUCACAUGGAGAUUUGGUAACGUCGGUUGGCCGCGUAUUCGAGACAAGUCUUAAAGACAUGGAGAAUAUCCAUGAGAACUGUCUCGGCGCCUUGUGCGACGUCCGCGCUCGCGAAUCUGUGAAUCGUGUCAUCGAGCGUACGCUCCAGCGCUUUGGCCGUAUCGAUAUUGUCGUCAAUUGUUCUGGCUACGGUGUCAUAGGCGCCUGCGAGGACCAGGAUGAGCAUGACAUACGUAACCAGUUCGAGACCAACUUCAUGGGCACGCUUCACAUCAUUCACGCUACGCUGCCGUAUUUCCGCAGGCAGAAUGCAGGCCGCUAUCUCAUCUUCAGCUCAACGUCUGGCGCUUUGGGCGUCCCUGGCCUGGGCCCUUACUGCGCGACCAAAUAUGCGGUGGAGGGCCUAAUCGAGGCCAUGCUCUAUGAGACGGAUGCGUUCAACAUCAAAGCUACACUCAUCGAGCCAGGCCAUGUGAGACCCGAAGAACCAGAGAUGCAAGAUACGUCGCUUCCAACGUCAUGGGGUCAUUUUCUUGUGAAGCCACCCAGCGAGACAUACGGGCAUCCAACAUCCCCAGCCCUACAUGCACGAAGAAUUGUUCAGUGGCUCGGUGACAAGUAUCGACCCACGAGCGCUAUCAAGUGUGCUGAACUCGUAUGGCAACUCGGACACUGCUCGUACCCGCCGCUACGAUUAUUAUUGGGAAGCUAUGCAAUUGAGAGCAUUCGCGACCGCAUGCGGUCUGUGACAGAAGAGUUGGAGGAUUGGAAACACCUCAACUUUCCAGCUGGACCAGACGAUGACAGAGAAGCUGGAGAAGAGACAGCAGCAGCAGCAGCAGCCCCUGAAACCAAUGAGGCUGCUGCUUCUGCUUCCUGA